UCCUCGUUAUUACGCAGUUUACGUAAAUGCUCGUACACGCAGAGCAUCGUACACUACCGUAAAUCACAGUAAACUCCUGUAACUCAGAGAAAAUCCCGGUUCUGAACCGUUAGUGGUUCCAUCAGAACCACACAUUCCUGAACGGAACCGAUCAAAUGUAAAUGCUACGUGAAGUUUGGCUGGAGCCCACUAAUCGUGAUAGAUCGAGACCAGAUCAUCUUCAGUUUUCAGAAAGCGUUUAACAGUGGUCAGCCAGAGUCUUCCUCUACCUUUUCGGACGUUUCGGGUUUUGAUCGGCUCUCUGCGGAUCACCAUGCGGGUUUCUAAGAUCUCAGAUGGUCUGUUCCUCAGCGAUCUGGACUCGGCUCUGAACCUCAGAGUUUUAAGCAGCAGAAACGUCACACUGAUCAUCAACGUCAGUGGACUGCAGGUUUCCUAUCCUCCGUUGGACAGCGUGCAGGUCCUCCAUGUCCCCAUCCAGGAUGAACCUCAUGCCCCUCUGAGUCUCUACUUUGACUCUGUAGCUGAGCAGAUCCAGCAGAACCAAACAGGAACCACUCUGGUCCACUGCACUGCAGGCAGGAGCCGCUCACCCGCUCUGAUCAUGGCAUACCUGAUGAGGGGUACCGGUCUCAGCCUGCGUCAGGCUUACAAACUGGUUCUGGAGAGCCGGCCAUUCAUCCGACCCAACGCCGGGUUCUGGAGGCAGCUGAUGAACUACGAGAAGCUCCUGUUUACCAGGAACACGAUGCAGAUGGUGAGGACAUCUGCUGGGGUUUUGCCUGAAGUAAUACAAGAGCCAGAGGAGACGGGUGCUGCAGUGUACUGCGUCAAUGUGUGACAAGGCGCUGACGGGACAGAACCUGGUCCAACAGGAAACAACAUGGAAGCAGAUGUUCCUCUGUUGGUUUCAUCCAGCUCUUCUGUCCAUCUAGUAUGGAUUGGUGUCAGGAACUUGAAGGAGUAAAAACCAACAUGAAACAAACAAACAAAAACAAAAAAAGGGCAGAAAUUAUCGCAGAGCACGGCGGGUCGGUUCUGGUCUUAGUACUGGAAGCUCCUCUUUGUCUGGAUGUCGUCCAGGAUUUGCUGCAGCUCCUCGUCCUCAAACCGACCCUCCACACUGGAAACAGAUUCAAUCCCAACUUUAUUCAGACAGAAACUUCAGUUCUCUACACAGAUCCUGGUCUUUGACCCGGUCCACAUGUAUGUGGGCUGAACUGAACCAGAACCGGUUCCAUCUGUAGUGCUUUACUAUGAAGCUGUGUAGAGCUAGCACGCGACCGGGUUUAAGUACAAAUCCCAGAAUGAAUGGGAACAAGCUUGUUCCAUGUUUAGAACUUCCUGUUGCUCAGAGCAGGAUGCGUGUUCACAAGCUUUAAACCCAGCUGUUCAAAGAAAACACUUUCAAAAGAUAAAUAACAACACAUUAACCCUAAAAUUAACUACAGAGAUAACAUUCUCAGAUCCUAAUAUAAAUAUGGUUACCAACAUCAAUUAGAGUCUCAAAAAAGUGUUUUUGCCAUAUUGCUUGAAAUGCUCUUCACCUACUAAUAAAUUAAACGUUUUAGACA